ACCCUCAUCUGUAGCUUGAAUUUCCAAGCCUUUCAACGUUUUAAACAAACAGCGCACUGCAGUUUACCUCAAUAUCGAUUAUUAUUCAUUUGUUUAUUCGUGGAAUGCACAAAACAGCUCAUAGACGCCCGAAACAAUACAUUCACCAUGUUUAAAACGCAUGAUUGUGACGCCGCUGAGGAUCACACCACUGAAUAUUUAGAAUUGGCAUCGCCGGUGUUCAAUGAGCCAAAUGAUGAUUUUCUUGUGUUGAAUCAACCUACAAGCACACAAAAUGAACAAAAUGAACAUACUGAACUGGAACAGUCUGAUACGAUGGAUAGAGGGACGAGGAGACAAAUUCCAAUCUCUACCAUCGAUUGGCAGAGCACUAAUAGUAGACAAGUGAUGGCCCGUGAUGGAAUUGACUUCCUACGCGGUAUUGAUCAACUUUACAUCCAACAAACCGUCGAAUUGAGUGAUUUGAUGGCGAAUGUAAACUCUGAAAACCGUUACCGUCUCUCUGUCCCGCAUGGUGAAACAUUGUUUUACGCCAUGGAGAACUCUUCAGAGUCGCAAAGGAUGCUUUGUGGGUCAAAUCGUGGGUUUAAAAUGACUAUGUAUGAUCACACGCAUCAGGAGGCUUUGUAUUUGAUGAGGAGUGCUACAUUUGGAUGUUGUUCGUUCUGGUGUAAAAUGCAAAAUAUGGAAGUUUUCAUCCCGAACAAAUGCAUCGGACGCAUCAAACAAAAGUUUUCCAUGACACUGCCUUCCUUUGAAUUGUACAACGAAUACAAUUCAAUCGUGUACCGCAUCGAAGGUCCUGCAUCAUAUAUGAGUUCAGCGAAGGAAGCGCAUUUUGGGAUUUACUCAAACGACGGAUUAACUCAGCUGGGCAGCAUCAACCAUCAAUGGGAUCAGGUGCAGAACGAGUAUAACAUUUCGAUCACGUUUCCCAGCCAUCGGGACGAUCCAAAGUACAAGGCUAUUGUUAUUGGCGCUGCUUUCCUUCUGGAAUACAUGUAUUUCUUCCACACGAAAAAGUCAGGCAGCAGUUGUUGGUGUUGAAAACUUAUCGCUACGCAUUAUAUUUUAUUAUUUUUUGACAUUUAUGAAGUGAUAAUCAUAGUAUUUUUAGGUUAUUGACUGUUUUUUGAAGGUUAUGAUUUUGAUUUGUUUGAUUUGUGCUUCCCAAAUUGCUUGAACAUAAAGAACACAAUCGAUUGUUGUUCGGUUCCUUGAGGCAAACACGAAAUGAAGCCUUUUUUAUGACAGAGUGGAGAUUGAUUAAUAAAUAUUUUAUGCCUUGUAGUUUAA